AUAACCUAGAAUUCGCCUUACUUAGUUAUAUUUUAGCAAUUGUAUUAAGUACAACUAAUAACUAUACUAUUUACUAUUAGUAUACUUAUUUGUAUGACAUUAAAGUCCAUUAUUAUUUGCAAUAUCUAAUCAUUACUAGUGCUGGCCGGGGUUAUGUGAUAACUGAUAAGGGUAACAACUAAUGUCAAACUGAAAACUUAAUUCAUUCUAAAUUCUAAAGUUAACUUUGUUUACUUGUUUCUUUUGUAAUUAGAAUGGCUAAAAAUAUCAUAAGUGAUCUACGCCAAAUAUUCAGAAGCAGUGUUUCAGCAGUGCUACCUGAAAAUCUCAUCAGAAAAUCUAUCUCUUACAGUCCUAACAGCCAACAGCUAAAUAUCACAGGCAAGAGCCAUAAUCUACAAGACAAGAACGUUUAUGUUGUUGGAACUGGAAAAGCUGUAAAAAACAUGGCCAUUGAGGUCGAAAAAACUUUGGGUUCUAAAAUCAAACAGGGUAUUGUAAGCAUACCUAUUGGCAGCUUAGAUAAAUAUAAACCUCUUAAUGGUAAUAUUACCUACUGUGAAGGAGCUAAAAAUAAUUUACCUGAUUCAGAAGCAUUGGAAACCGCUAGAAAAAUCAAAGCCUUAGCUACAAAAUUAAAAAAUGAUGACUUUUUAUUAGUUUUACUGUCCGGUGGUGGAUCAGCAUUGCUACCUUUGCCUAAAAAUGCUAUCACUUUAGAUGAAAAACUUGCGCUAGUAAAAAAAUUGGCAAAUAUGGGUGCAGAUAUUAAAGAACUUAAUACCGUAAGAAAGAGAAUAUCUGAUGUUAAAGGAGGACAGCUAGCUAUUUGUGCACAACCUGCUCAAGUAGCCGCUUUAGUUCUUUCUGAUAUUGUUGGUGAUCCUUUAGACUUGAUAGCGAGUGGACCAACAGCUAAAAAUCAAGAUAGUCCAACUGAGGCAUUAAAUAUAGUUAAUAAGUACAAUUUAUACACAGAAUUACCAGAAUCAAUAAAAACUAUCUUAGAAGAUGAAGAUAAUUUGGAAAUAUUUCCAGAAAAUAAUGUUCAUAAUGUAAUUAUAGGAUCUAAUAAACUAAGCACUGAAGCUGCAUCAAUAGAAGCUAAAAAACUAAACUAUUUCCCAAUUAUACUAUCUAAUAUGGUUACUGGUAAUGUGAGUGACUUAGCAAAAGAGUAUGUAGAACUGGUUAAAACUAUUGUUGCAUUUAGAAAGGGUAACACAAGUUAUGAUGAACUAAAAAGUAAUUUGGCAGCUUUAAAUAUACCUGGUUUAGAUUUAAAAGAAAUUAUAAUUAAUAAAGAAAAUGUAAAAACUGGGGAUUUAUGUUUUAUACUUGGAGGUGAAACAACAGUACAAGUAAAAGGUACAGGAGUUGGUGGAAGGAAUCAGCAGCUUGGUUUAGAAUUUUCUAAAGUUAUACACCAAAUCAGAAAUCAUUUGAAAGAUUAUGAAAUAUAUUUUCUUAGUGGUGGGACAGAUGGUAUUGAUGGUCCUACAGAUGCUGCAGGUGCUAUAGGAUACCUAAACCUAGUAUCAGACUGUAUAGAAUCAAAUAUUGAUGUGGAUUCAUACAUUGAAAAUAACGAUUCAUACAAUUUUUAUAAGCGAUUUAAAAAUGGAGAGCUACAUGUUAUUACAGGGCAAACAAACACUAAUGUCAUGGAUAUACAUUUAAUUGUAAUACAAUAUCAACAUAAUAAUAAAUGAAAAAAAUUAUAAGACAUUUCACCACGUUUAUUAGCCUCAUCAAGUACGCACAACCAGCCCAGAGAGAAGAAAGCCUCAUUGGUGACAGAAGGGCUGGCUCAUUUUUUUGCAAAAUGGAUCAGCCUGGCUGUCCAGUGUGGAAAUGCAGCCAGUAUUCUUGGCACCAUUCCACGCGGGCAUGAUUUGUAUAGUAAUUAGACAAGGAUAGCUUUAAGUUUUAUUGUAAUAUUUUCAUUAAAAAAAUGUAUCUUAAAGAAAAAAAAAAACAAUAUUAUACAUAACAGAUACAAUUUAAGCAAUAUUUUACUUUUAUUUUAAAAAUAAAUUAGAUUCACUAGUAUACAAUAAUACUAUACUAAAGGAUGUCACUACUGUUAAAACUUAAAACUACAUAUAAGACUACUGUCAAAUUGUCAACUUGAUUUUUAUGUUCAUCUAAAUUACGAAAGAUAGCUAGAAUAUUAA